AUGAAGUCUCUCAUGGAGCUCCUCUCAUAUUCAGCUCUCCCUUCCCUCUCCUCAACAAAACAACUCCACUCUCUCCUCAUCACCUCCUCUUCUCUCUCUCAAAGUCCCCAACUGUUAAUCAACUCCUACUCCGCUCACAACGACCUCCUCUCGGCCCGCACCCUCUUCUACCAAACCCGAACCCGACAACCCAUUAUCCUCUACAACUCUCUCAUCCGCUCUCACGCCCGAAAUCAUCAGUUUUCUCACGCGCUCUCUCUCUUCGCCCAUUUGCUUCGCUCCUCAACCCGACCCGAUAGCUUCACCUUCGCCACUCUCCUUCGUGCUUGCUCCGAUAAUUUCGAUGAUAAUGGCCUCAAAUCCAUCCAUGCCUUCAUUCUCUCUUCCGGGUUUGGUUCUGAUUUGAUACCCAUUACCACUUUGAUCAGUACUUACUCAAAAAUUGGGAGGUUAGAUGAUGCUGUUAAGGUGUUUGAUGAAAUGCCUCAUCCAGACUUGGUUGUUUAUAACACGCUGUUAUCGGGUUUCGGGUAUGGUGGAUUAUGGAUGGAUGGGCUUGACGUGUUUAGUAGAAUGAGAAAGAGAGGAGAGAGCCCAGAUGGGUAUUCGUUUGUUGGGCUGAUCUCGUGCUUUUGGGAUCCAAAUUCGCUUCAAUUUGCUAGAGGGGUUCAUGGGCUUGUUUUGAAAGGAGGAUUUGAGUUCAAUGCUCAUGUGAGGAGUGUGCUUGUGAGUAUAUACUUGAGGCUGGAUUGUUCGGAUUCGGGUAAUCAGAUAUUUAAGGAGCUAUCUUGCCCAGAUUUGGUGACUUGGUCGGCUGUCAUCACUGGUUUUUUUAAGGCCGGUAAGUGGCAGAAAGCGCUUGAAUUGUUUAGGGAGAUGAAUGACAGUUCAAUUAGAAGGCCGGAUUCUGUAUUGAUUGCUAGUAUUCUGUCGGGUUGCGCUUCGAUGGCAACAAUUGGACCCGGUAAGGAGAUCCAUUGUCAUGUAGUUCGGAUUGGAAUGGAUUUGGAUACUGCAGUCUUAUGUGCUCUUAUAGACUUGUACUGUAAAUGUGGGUUCGCGCAAAUGGGUUUACAGGUUUUCAAGACAAUGCCUGAUAAGAACACAAUUACAUACAAUGCAGUUAUAUCAGGUCUAGGCUCGAACGGGCUAGGUUUUGAAGCUAUGAGAGUGUUCAAUAAUAUGGUGGACAAUGGGGUUAAACCCGAUAACGCCACACUCUCUGGUGUCCUCUGUGCAUGUGCUCAUUCGGGUCUAUUCGAAGAAGGAUCCAGAUUGUUUAGAACAAUGAGAGAUGAGUUUGGGAUUGAACCAGAGAUGCAACACUAUGUGUACAUGGUGAAGUUAAUGAGCUUUGUUGGUAAGCUAGAUGAGGCUCACGAGCUGGUAGAGGGUAUGCCAUCUUUACCGGGUUCGCGUUCUGGAGUUUGGGGGGCUUUGCUAUGGGGUUGUGGAUUGCAUGGCAGGUCGGAUUUGGCCGAGAUUGCAGGUCGGAUGCUAUUUGAGAUCGACCCGGGAAAAGGUGCUUAUAAAGUGAUGCUUUCAAAAGUUUAUGCUAGUGAGGAGAAGUGGGGAGACGUUGAGAGUUUGAGAGAGAAAAUGAAGGGGGUGAAGAUUGUAGGACUUAGUUGGGUUUGA